AUGAAGCGGAACGUACAGGAAACACCAUGCGGUGAGGGGAACGUACAGGAGACACCACGUGGUGAAGGGAACGUACAGGAGACACCAUGCGGUGAGGGGAACGUACAGGAGACACCAUGCGGUGAAGGGAACGUACAGGAGACACCAUGCGGUGAGGGGAACGUACAGGAGACACCAUGCGGUGAAGGGAACGUACAGGAGACACCAUGCGGUGAAGGGAACGUACAGGAGACACCAUGCGGUGAGGGGAACGUACAGGAGACACCAUGCGGUGAAGGGAACGUACAGGAGACACCAUGCGGUGAGGGGAACGUACAGGAGACACCACCUAGUGAGAGGAACGUACAGGAGACACCACCUAGUGAGAGGAACGUACAGGAGACACCAUGCGGUGAAGGGAACGUACAGGAGACACCACCUAGUGAGAGGAACGUACAGGAGACACCAUGCGGUGAAGGGAACGUACAGGAGACACCACCUAGUGAGAGGAACGUACAGGAGACACCAUGCGGUGAGGGGAACGUACAGGAGACACCAUGCGGUGAAGGGAACGUACAGGAGACACCACGUGGUGAAGGGAACGUACAGGAGACACCACGUGGUGAAGGGAACGUACAGGAGACACCAUGCGGUGAAGGGAACGUACAGGAGACACCAUGCGGUGAGGGGAACGUACAGGAGACACCACCUAGUGAGAGGAACGUACAGGAGACACCAUGUGGUGAAGGGAACGUACAGGAGACACCACGUGGUGAAGGGAACGUACAGGAGACACCACCUAGUGAGAGGAACGUACAGGAGACACCAUGCGGUGAAGGGAACGUACAGGAGACACCAUGCGGUGAGGGGAACGUACAGGAGACACCACGUGGUGAAGGGAACGUACAGGAGACACCACCUAGUGAGAGGAACGUACAGGAGACACCAUGUGGUGAAGGGAACGUACAGGAGACACCAUGCGGUGAAGGGAACGUACAGGAGACACCAUGCGGUGAAGGGAACGUACAGGAGACACCAUGCGGUGAGGGGAACGUACAGGAGACACCAUGCGGUGAGGGGAACGUACAGGAGACACCACGUGGUGAAGGGAACGUACAGGAGACACCACCUAGUGAGAGGAACGUACAGGAGACACCACCUAGUGAGAGGAACGUACAGGAGACACCAUGCGGUGAAGGGAACGUACAGGAGACACCAUGCGGUGAGGGGAACGUACAGGAGACACCACGUGGUGAAGGGAACGUACAGGAGACACCACCUAGUGAGAGGAACGUACAGGAGACACCAUGCGGUGAGGGGUACGUACAGGAGACACCGCAUGGUAAGGUGAACAGAAAGGAGACACCAUGUGGUGAGGGGAACAUACAUGAGACACCACGUGGUGAGGGGAACGUAUUUGAGACGCCACGUGGUAAGGGGAACAGAAAAGAGACACCACGUGGUAAGAGAAACAGAAAGGAAACACCACAUGGUAAGGUGAACAGAAAGGAGACACCAUGUGGUGAGGGGAACAUACAGGAGACACCACCUAGUGAGGACGACGUACAGGGGACACCACAUGGUUAG